AUGCCCAGGUAUGAUCAAUUUGACUUUCUGUCUGUUAAACCGGAUAUUGACUGUAGCAGAGAAAUCAUCACAAUUCAAGCCGGCCAAUGCGGCAAUAACGUCGGCAGUCAAUUCUGGCAGCAACUCUGUCUCGAACAUGGAAUAAAUCAAGACGGUAAUUUGGAGGAGUUUGCGACUGAGGGCGGAGAUCGGAAGGAUGUUUUUUUCUAUCAGAGUGACGAUACGAGAUAUAUCCCCCGAGCUAUUUUGCUUGACCUCGAACCUAGGGUGAUAAACGCCAUUCAAACUGGACCGUAUCGAAACAUCUACAACCCCGAAAACUUCUUUAUAGACCCUCAAGGCAGUGGCGCCGGAAACAACUGGGCUGCAGGUUACGCGCAAGGCGAACAUGUUCACGAGGAGAUUUUCGAUAUGAUUGACCGGGAGGCUGAUGGGAGCGAUUCGUUGGAGGGCUUCAUGCUGCUACAUUCCAUAGCUGGAGGUACAGGCUCCGGCUUGGGAAGUUACAUGCUCGAACGGAUGAACGACCGAUUCCCUAAGAAACUGAUUCACACAUACUCAGUAUUUCCAGAUGGGCAAGCGGCAGAUGUUGUUGUCAAUCCUUAUAACAGUCUCUUGACAAUGCGACGAUUGACACAAGAUGCCGACUCGGUUGUUGUCCUGGAUAAUGGUGCAUUGUCGAGAAUUGUUGCCGAUAGAAUGCAUGUGCAGGAGCCAUCUUUUCAACAAACGAAUCAAUUAGUUUCAACCGUCAUGUCGGCGUCAACCACCACACUCCGCUACCCAGGCUACAUGCACAACGAUCUCGUCGGCAUCAUCGCAUCACUCAUCCCCACACCCCGAGCCCAUUUCCUCGUCACGUCCUACACACCCUUCACAAGCGACAACAUCGAACAAGCAAAGACGGUCCGCAAAACAACAGUCCUAGACGUCAUGCGCCGACUCCUCCAACCCAAAAACCGUAUGGUGUCCGUCACACCCAGCAAAUCAAGCUGCUACAUCAGUAUCUUGAACAUCAUCCAAGGCGAAGCCGAUCCCACCGACGUCCACAAAUCAUUACUCCGAAUCCGUGAACGACGACUUGCCUCGUUCAUCCCCUGGGGUCCAGCAAGUAUCCAAGUUGCCCUAACCAAGAAAUCGCCGUAUAUCCAACACACGCAUCGCGUCAGUGGACUGAUGCUUGCCAACCACACUUCAGUCGCGACGCUCUUCAAACGAAUUGUGCAACAGUACGACAGACUGCGAAAACGAAAUGCGUUUUUGGACCAGUACAAAAAGGAAGCACCCUUUGCAGAAGGGUUGGGUGAGUUUGAUGAGGCAAAGGCAGUGGUUGUGGAUUUGAUUAAGGAGUAUGAGGCGGCGGAGAAGGAGAAUUAUUUGAAUCCGGAUGCUGGGCAGAAGGAGGUUGCUGCAUGA